AUGGGCCGUCGACUUCUCAAGAUGAAUAUUCUUCAGCCAAUGAGAGAUCUCGAAGCGAUCGCUGUCCGACAGGAUGCGGUAGCAGAAUGUAUCCGAGACGAGGAGCGAUUCUACGCCAUCCGCCAGAGCCUGAAACCCAUUCGAGAUGGUGGCAUCGACCUCGACAAGCUCGUCAACGCUCUAUCGUGCAGCGAGCGCCGCGUCGCAACGCCCCGAAGCGAGACGGAGCGGAAGGUCGGAAGCAUUCUGAGCCUGAGGACACUGAUCCGUUCGCUCUCUUCAGCUCGGGCUGCUCUUCAGAAUGCUUCGAGUGGUCUGUUCCAAGCCGUCCAGGUGUUCCUUGACGCCGAGGAGCUCGACCUGAUCGCCGAAGCUAUCUAUCAAACCAUCGAUGACGACAUCAUCCAUGCCAAGGGAGGCCUCAGUAGUCGAAACGCUAAGCUCGUGAGUCCCACCGCAGGGCCAUCCGGAGCCAAAUUACACAAAACUGACGCCGAAAUCCGUUCCGACCAGUACGCUGUUCGGGCGGAGAAGAGCCCACUGCUCGAUGUGGCGAGGGAGACGUACAAGGAGAACAUCAACGACAUCUUGCAGCUUUGCGAAGCGGAGUCUCAGGAGACUGGCUUGUCCAUCACGCUCAAGAUGGUUCACACGGGCUUCCUAUUCCAGACAAAGUGCGAGAGGAGCCGCAUCAAAAACCUUCCGGAGCGUUUCACCAACGUCACUCCGGCAAAGACGGGCAACACUAUCACCAUGUUGACAUUGACUCUCAAGAAGCUCAAUGCCCGCCUCGUGGAAUCGAUGAACGAGGUCUUGACCAUGUCGGACACCAUCAUCGAUGAACUCAUCGAAGAGAUCAUUGGCAAAGUGGCGUCGCUUUACAAGGUGGGCAUGACUCUCGUGUCCCCGCCGUCGUCGCUGUUGGUAUUGACGGACUGGCGGUGUGCAAAAUGCGAUGGGCAGGUGUCCGAGGCGCUCUCGCUGCUCGAUAUGGUGGUGAGUUUCGCGAACGUCUCGAUCGCAAACAACUACGUCCGACCGGCGUUUGGCGAUUCGCUCGACAUCCGCAGAGCACGGCAUCCAAUCCUGGACCGUGUCGACGUGCCUGCUUCUGCCUCUUCGGCCAUCUUCACGCGACGCCGACGAGCGUUUGUGCCCAACGACAUCUGCCUCGGUGCGGGCGAGCGGGUGUGCCUAAUCACAGGCCCCAACAUGUCUGGCAAGAGCACGUUCCUGCGUCAGAUCGCGCUCAUCACUGUGCUGGCAGGCAUCGGAUGCUUUGUCCCGGCGACGCGCGCUACGCUGCCCAUCCCGGACGCCAUCCUGAGCCUGCUCACGCACGAGGACGAUGCGACGCAGAACCUGUCGACGUUUGCGACCGAGAUGCGCACGUCGGCCUUCAUCCUCAGCGUGGGCUCGCCUCGCUCGCUCGUCAUCCUCGACGAGAUGGGCCGCGGCACGAGUCCCGACGAGGGAUCGGCCGUGGCGACGGCGAUUGUCGAGGAGCUGCUCAACGACAAGGUGAGCACGGUGUUCUUCGCCACGCACUUUGGCGAGCUGGUCGACGGCUUUGACGGCAAGGAGGGCGUUGUAUGCCAGCAUCUCCACGUGAGCACGGUGCAGCAGCGACAGGACGUCAGCCUCGUCUUCCAUCACAAGCUCCACCGGGGGAUUGGGCUGGACACGCACUACAGCUUGCAGGUGGCCAAGAUGAUGCGCUGCUUCGGCGACGGCUUCCUGCAGCACGCACAGCAGAUCGCCGAGGCGGAGCAGGCGAGCUACGCCAGCCGCGCGCGCGAGGUGAGCCCGGACACGCGCGCCCGCAGGACGAUGUUGCGCAAGAUCGUGCGAGACCUGCGCCGCUUGCUGCACGAAUCCCGCACCGAGGCAGCUGGCGAGGACGAGGGGCCCGAGCAAGAGGGCGAGGCGCACGAGCAACAGGCCGAGUCCCUGGCGCAAAAGUUGACGCUCCUGCGUCUGAAUGCAGCGACGGAUCUGGCAUCGACGUUCGCAGAGUAG